AUGACCAAACAAUGGGACAAGUACCGAGAGAUCAUCAUUGCCGAAUACAAGGACCACAAUAAACCGCUUCGUGAGGUCCAGCGAGUUAUGCUGGAGAAAUACGGGUUCAGAGCGUCGUUCCCCAUCGUCACGUGGUUCUUCUUCCCCUCGGCACCCUUCCCCACCCCUUUCCCCGGCAUUCAGAAGGACCUGCUCAACCAAAAAACGCGCGCAUACAGAUCGCGUUUCGACCGGUGGGGAGUCCACAAGUACUCGCGGCGCAGGCGCCUGCGGUCUACGAGCCCCGGCCGAAGGGAGUCGUUCUGCGACGGAGCCGCCCCUGAUGACGACGACAGCAACUCUCAAGCGGCCUCGCCGCCCGAUACGACCCCAAUGGAGCUGCUCACUCCGGGACUCUGCGUAGCAUCACCGGAAAUGGGCUUCAGGAGGUGA